AUGUCAUUCACGCAUUCAGACCUCACACAACACUCAUGCACCACCAUCCUUCUACAAGACUUUUCAAAAGAAACAGAACCCUUGUAUAUACGAGAAUGGUUAUCUUGUAAAUUAUCUUGUAGUCAAUUCUCCUCUCAUCAAUACAUUCCCUUCUCCAAUGCAUUUCAUCAUGUCCGAUCUUUUUCACUCAACAAUCAUGAAGAACACGAAGCAACACCAUCAACGUUACACCACCAACAAGAAACCAUUCAAAACAAUCACGAUCUGGAACUGUUUGAUCCCACUCCGACACAUAUCGCCAUCUCUCACGAAUGUAAUUGUCUUCUCAUUGGAACAUGUUCUUUGGAUCACAUUCAAAUCUUUGAUUUAGACACAAAACGUUACGUGUCGAAUUUUUCCGUUCAAGCACAACAGGAUGUUGUUUGUUUUACAGUAAAUUCUGAAAAAAUUGAAUAUGGAAAUAAUGAAGAAGAUUCACGUAAAACCAUCUCCAACGAUCGAUGGGAAGAUGCCUUGUAUUGUGCUAAUUCAUCAGGUCUUGUUCUGAAAUAUCGUUUGCGAGAUUGUGUGAAAUAUUCGAAACAACAGCAACAACCUCAAUUACAAUUUGAUGAUUUGGAAUUGAUUCCCUUCUUGAAGUGGUAUUCCGAACCACCAAGAUUUAGAUAUCCAGGAUCCAUGUGUGUCAUGAAGAGAAAUUUGGAAAUUCCAGCACGUUCAAGCAGAAAAUCAACCAAAUGUGAAUCACAAGGUCAAUUAUUGAUUACUGACAUGGAAUUCGAUUAUAUUUUAAUAUUACGCACGAGUAAUGGUGAGAUAUUAGGGAAAAUUCGAGUGGAUUAUGUAUCACGUGAUGCAUUAAGCAGUCCAUUUGCAAUGGCUGUUUUUUACAAUGGUUUUGAGGAGAAUUUUGAAAUGUAUAAUUUUGCACCGUUUCGAUUACUCGUGACGGAACAAUCGAAUCAUUGUUUAACAAUUUUGGAAUGUAGAAAUCCAUGUUUGCCUAUGGAUUCAUUCGUGAGUGAAAGAACUUUACAAUGUAAUAUUUGGAAAGUCAUUCAAAAAUUUACAAAAUAUUCACACACUCCAGAACCACAUAAUUUAUCAUCAAGAUCCACACAACAAGUUGAACCAACAGAAUUAUUAACAACACUUGACACCAAUUUUUGUAAUCCUCAAGGAAUUCUCUACGAUCCUUAUUCACAACAUGUAUUGGUGUGUCACGACGAUUCUAUUGUGGUGUUGGAUUUGAAACAAACUCUAAUUUCCAACAAUCGACAAGUACUAGCUCUCACGAAAACAGUGUUUUCAAACAAUUCCAAGUCGAGUAUUCCGUUUGCAUUGGUUCGUCCAUUUGGAUUAUGUUUGAAUUCCAAGACUGGAGAGCUCUAUGUGACCGAUCAUAAUGGUGUUCAUAUUUUUCUAUGA